CCCUUCCCGGCGCCCGGCCGUGCCCCGCCCCGCCUCGUGCUGCGCUUCCCGGGACCCCCGGGACACAACGGGACCCCCGAGACCCUCCGGGAUCCCCCGGAUCCGCCGGACCAUGAGCGUGCCGGGCCCGCCGGGCCGCGGGAUGCUGUUCGCCGAGACCCAGCUGAGGCGGCACGGCUGGCGCCGAGGGCAGGGGCUGGGCCGGCGGGAGGACGGCAUCGCCGAGGCCAUCCGGGUGAAGGUGAAGUGCGACACGGCGGGGGUGGGACACGACGCAGCGGAGCCCUUCACCUUCCACUGGUGGGACCACGUCUUCAACGAGGCGGCUGCCAACAUCGCUGUGGAGGCCGGGCAGGAUGGCAUCUCUGUGAAGGCGCUUUCAGAGCAGGGAGGCAGGAUCAGCAAUAAGAAGCCGCGCAAGGCUGGCAACAGUGGGAGCCUGCUGUACGGCCGCUUCGUGAAGUCAGCCACGCUCACAGCCUGUGGGGAGGAGUCCGUGACACUGCCCGCCAGCUCUGAGAGCAGUGAGGAGGAGGAGAAGCUGGACCUCUCUUCGGUCAGGAGGCUGACGGACGAGGAGCUGGUGCAGGCGUGUGGGGGCCGCACGGCGCACAAGGGUGCCCGUCACGGCCUGACCAUGAGUGCCAAGCUGGCACGCUUGGAGGAGCAGGAACGAGCCUUCCUGGCCACAUACCGGCAAAGGGAGCGGCAGCAGGAGCCCCCAGAGAGCAGCCAGGGCAAAAAGAAGAAAAGGAAACAGUCCAGGGAUGGAGCCAACCCCAAGGUGCCACAGAGCCAGGAGCCAAACAGAGAACAGGAGGAGGUGUUGGAAGAAGAAAAGGUGGUGAAGAUGAAGAAAAAGAACCAGGGGCAAAGCAGAGAAGAGGAGCUGACAGGAGAGGAGGAGGUCAUGAGGAAGAAGAAGAAGAAGAAGGUCACAGAGCAUUGUGGAGAAGAGGUAUCAGGAGAGGAGGAGAAGGUCAUGAAGAGGAAGAAGAAAAAGAAGCCAGAGCUAAGCACAGAAGAGGACGUGGUAGAAGGGGAGGGAAAGGCUGCAAAGAGGAGGAAGAAGAAGAAGAAGAAGCAGCAGGAAGAGGAGGACAAAGAAGAGUUGGCUGAGACAGACAUACCUCUAGAAGACACAGAUGAGCCAAACUUGGGACACAGCCCUACAAAGAAGAGGAAGAAGAGGAAGAGGAAGGAGGAGCCAGAGUGAGCAAGUAACAUGGCUGCUAUGCUGUGCAGCUGCCAGUCCCACCUGGCUGUAAGGGUCCUGAUCCUGGUGCUGGUGGGUGCCCAGGGGUGCUCUGAGCUCAUUCCAGAUGGAGCCCAGCACUGUGGGCAUGCUGGGCUAGGAUAGGUUGGUCUGGAGCUGGAUCAAGCUUUACUUCACCACCUGAACCUUCAGGGGUGACCCUGGUUCCCCCCAGGCUCUGCGGCAGGGACCCAUUUGCUGUGGGCCUGUCAGACCCUGCAGAGUACUGAAAUACUUUUUCAAGGGCAUGAAUAAAUCUUUAUUGUAAUCAGA